GGAGGGCACGAGGAAGUAGGGGUGGUAGGUUCAUUCCUGAGGAUGAUAGAAUUAGCCUCGGUCUGUCGCCAGUGGAGGUUCCAUCUUACUGCGCACAUAUGCCGGACAGCUAUAGUCGAAUGCAAGCGGAAUGCCGUACCAGAACACUGCUGCAGAUGGGUGUCCAACAUCAACUUCAUUACUGCGAUGGGCUUGUCUAAUAAAACGGAGGAACUCUACAUAUCCGACAUUGACGGCAAAGGCACCUCUUCAGUGACUACACUAAAGCUUGGCCGGUUUACAUUCAAGGAUACGGAGACAGGGCAGCCCUGGCGUUAUUGGCUCAGGCUUUUUCUCUUCUCACCUCCAAUCUUCCCUCCGUCAGCCAUGUCGACUACCCAGUUAGACGGCCCACCAGGCACCUGCGGGAUCACGCUACGCGCAAUGCUGAUUAACCACUACACUGCCAAUUCCAAAACCGUCUAUAUCCGUGAGUGGUAUCUGACAGCCUCGCUGGGGCUCCUUCGCCAAGACAUCACCAAGCUGGAUAUCAACGCAUCGUUCGUUUUUGGCGCUCCGAGAGAUCUACGGCUUCCAAACUCUGCGCUUCGGUGCUUGCGAUUAACUGAUGCCGGACGCGGGUUUCAGUGGAAUUGGUUCCGGAAUGGUGCAGAUGGGCAACGUAUCGUAUUCCCAGAACUAGUGGAACUUACGCUAGAGUUCGUGUACAUAGGAGAUGAGAUGGGAACUAAAAGCUUCGCUGGAUUUGGCUUGAGCUUCCCCAAGCUGCAAAAGCUCAGUACGCUAGAUGCUCUCCUCUAUUAUUCAGACUUUUACACCACUUUCAUCGACUCACCCAUAUGCCCUACAGAAGGUCCUCCAGCCCCGCUCUACUUGGAAAAUCCCUAUGACAAUCUGCUACCUGCCGACUCGAUGGUUCGGGCGGCCACUCUAGUCAGCAUUCCAUCGUACAUGCUACCAGAAAUCAACUGGACGAAUCUCUGGAAUCUCAGGCUGAACCUGAACAAGCUAGAGUUCGAGCCAAUUGACACUCUCUUAGGACAUAUCCAGUAUGUCGCGAAAUGGAUCUGCAAUUUGGUUCUGCACACACCCGUCGCUGCUGAAGGUCUGUGUUCCCAUCCGCGUGCGAUGAACGAGAUCAGAAACUUUGCCGAUUUGUCUGGAAAGGUUUUAAGCUGUCAGCAAGGCAACCAGCUACUUGACAAGUUGAUUUCCUGUUUUAAAUAAGAACAUACCUGCUAUUAUACGAGUGAGCUUCUCCAGAUUGUAGGAGUUUAUAACUCAGAAUAAUGUCAAGCAUGCUCUGACUAGUGGCCAGUAGCAUUGGAACAGCUGCUCUAAAUGGUAGCCAGAUAGCAUAUGAGUUAAUGCUGGUAUUUUCUAGCGCCACAGGACAAUCGUGUCGACCUAUCCAGUAAUAUUUUAAUGAUGUCAAUCAGCUGCUAAAUAGUGCUACAUCAAGUGGAAUUUUAUGAUCUCCUAUGCUUACCUAAUAGUACAUGCAGUUCUGGCCCAAGCCCUAUCAACUAUGCAUCGAUUAAGCCGCUUCGAAAGGACAAAAUUAAGCAAUGCUGAACGUAAAAGCGAGUGUGGGCGAAAUCUAAAUAAAA